GGAGCAGCGCGGGGCAGCGGAAGAUGGCAGCGGCUGAGGCGGCGGACACUCAGCUGAUGCUCGGAGUCGGGCUAAUCGAAAAGGACACAAAUGGAGAAGUUCUGUGGGUGUGGUGUUACCCUUCCACGACAGCCACGCUCAGGGCCCUGCUGCUGAGGAAGUGCUGCCUCGUGGCUGACAACAGCCUGCUCCACCCCUUCGUCUUUGGCCAGUACCGAAGGACAUGGUUUUAUAUCACAACAGUGGAAGUUCCAGAUUCUUCAGUCUUGAAAAAGGUGACUCAUUUUUCUAUUGUUCUGACCGCCAAAGAUUUUAACCCAGAGAAAUAUGCCGCCUUCACUAGGAUAUUGUGUAGAAUGUACCUGAGACACGGGAGCCCGGUGAAAAUGAUGGAGAGCUACAUUGCAGUCCUCACCAAGGGGAUCUGCCAGACUGAGGAAAAUGGCUCUUUCCUCAGCAAGGACUUUGAUGCCCGAAAGGCCUACCUCGCAGGGUCCAUCAAAGAUAUUGUAUCUCAAUUUGGAAUGGAAACUGUAAUCUUGUACACAGCACUGAUGCUAAGAAAAAGAAUCGUCGUUUACCAUCCAAGCAUAGAAGCUGUUCAGGAGUUUACCAGGACAUUGCCUGCCCUGGUGUGGCACCGACAGGAUUGGACAACCCUCCAUUCUUACGUGCACCUCAGCGCUGAUGAGCUGGAAGCCCUGCAGAUGUGCACAGGUUACAUCGCGGGAUUCACAGACCUGGAAGUGAGCAAUCGACUGGACCUCUGUGAUGUGUUUGUGAACCUGGCAGAGAGCGAGAUCACCAUCGCGCCCCUUGCCAAAGAGGCCAUGCUGAUGGGGAAGCUGCACAAAGAAAUUGGGCAGCUGAUCGUCCAGUCAGCAGAGGACCCCGAGAAGUCUGACAGCCAAGUCAUCAAGGACAUUUCUCUCAAAACCAGAGAGCUCUUGACCAACCUCGCAUCCUUAGCCAACCCUUCUGGGGACGGAGAAAAGCCAGCUCUAGAUUUGGAAGCACUAAAGCAGAAGCGGUUCCCACCAGCCACGGAAAACUUCCUGUACCACCUGGCAGCCGCGGAGCACAUGCUGAAAACCCCCGAGACAGGAAGUGCCGCCCUCCCACUCUGACGAGCCAGUCAGUGUGGAAAGUACUGGACAUCAUGCCAGAAAUGCUCUCUUCUUAGCAAUUUCUCGCCAAGUAUUGGAAACGACGUCCAGUUUCCUCCGGUUAGCUGUGUUCCUGCUGUGCGAGCUGCACAAAGACCCAUCCUGGGCCCCGGGCCCCGUCCUGGAUGGAGCACAUGGCCACCGCAGCAGCCCCAGCCUGGGCACGGGGCUCGGGCCCUUUUGCCUGCCCCACAGUUCUAAGUUAAGCCUGUCUGUGUAUCCACACACUAAUGGUUUAUAUCCAGAAAGUGGCCUGAAAUUUUGCUUUGUAUUCUUCUAAGGAAGAACUUCAAUUUCUCAUGAGGAACUUGACUCUCUGAGCCAAACGACUAAGGUUUCGGUAGAACUGUCUAGAAGACCAUUCAAGAGACCCUGCAGUUGCACUUUCUUAUAAAAGAAAAAAAAUAUCUUGUUUCCUUUUCUCCCUUGGCCCUUGAACCUUUUUGCCUAUGAGGGUUUGUGUAGGUUUUAUACUUGAGCAGACAACUUUAACCAUCCCUAUUUAUGCCGUCGCAGAGGUAAACGUUUGGCCGACUUCAGCCUUUCAUGCUUUUAACUAACCCCAUUGCUAGCACUGUCCUUUGAGGGGGAAGGCCAGUCCUUACAUGGCAGAGUGACCCCAGAAGCAGGCUCGGAGUGGACCUGUUGUGACGUUGGUGAGAGUGAGAGGAGAGGUCUUCCGUGGCCAGAUCAGAACUUGUCUCCAAAAAGCUCCAGUACGAGUGAUUUGGCUGUGCACGAAGGGACUUGUUCUCGGGCCCUAAAGUGCCGUUUUCAUAAUCCGACAUCGUAAAGUGAUCAGAUCCGCACGGAAGUGUAAAGGAUGUACUUGUCUUUUUAUCUCAUGUGUUCAUACAAGACUGUUGUUCACUCCAGUAACACUGGUGUCCUUAGAAAUCUUACCCAGAAAAUGUUGGCAGAAAUUCUUGUCCACGUGGGAACUUUUCUUCUUAAUGUUGGACCUUUAGUAAGCAAAAUAAUAACAAUAAUAAUUAAAGACAAAAACACCUUCCUCGGGUGGGAGCAGGAGGAGAUCUGAAAGGAGAUGAUGUUUACUGAGGCAAAUAAUGAAAAAUUAAACCUGCACUUUAUGGAAA